CCUUCAUUCCCCAUCAGCGGCGAGCAGGACAUGCGGCGCAGCCGAGCAGGAUGGUUUCCAUCAUUCUGGAGGUGACCUGCAGCCUGCUUGCCUGGCUCUCCCUGUAUGCUGCCCUCCGCUUCUGGAACAAGCAGCGUUCCUGUGAGUGGAACUGCCGUUUGGUCACUCUCCUGCAUGGUGUGGURGUCACCUGCCUCUCGGGUUACAUCGCUCUCCUUGAUGGCCCCUGGCCUCUAACCCAUGCAGGUUCACCAAACACAUCUCUUCAGACUCAUGUGCUGUCCCUGACUUUGGGUUACUUUAUCUUUGACCUGGGCUGGUGCCUGUACUUCCAGACAGAGGGGGACCUAAUGCUGCUCCAUCACACGCUGAGCAUCUGCGGCAUGAUUAUGGUGCUGGGGCUUGGCAAGUCUGCUACAGAAGUCAAUGCUGUUGUAUUUGUUAGUGAGAUCACCAACCCGCUGCUGCAGACCCGGUGGUUUCUGCGAGAAAUGGGGUGUUACUACAGCAUCCUGGGAGAAGUGGUGGAUUUUUUCUUUGUGCUCCUCUUCCUGGUGCUGCGAAUCGUGGGAGGAGCUGUGAUCAUGUACGCAAUGGUGACUUCUCCUGAUCCCAUCUGGCUCCUUAAGGCUGGAGGCCUGGCUAUGUACAUUGUGUCUUUGGGCUUCAUGGUUGAAAUCUGCGGUUUUGUUAGGAGGAAAAUACUAAAAAAAUGCAAUUCCUGGAAAAGUACGAGCAAUAUGAAUGCAUCUGAGAGAACUAAUGGGCACUUGGCAGCUCAUUAACUGUAUUUGUGGAAGACCAUCCUUUGGGAGAGAGCCCUGGCUAUUGAAUCCUACUGCUGUGAAAAGAGCAGCUAGAAGUGAUGUGAAAUGGACUUUGAUACUGCUCUGCUACCCCUGGAAGAGGUGGAUGGGCUUUAGGAACUCGGGAAGGCCAACUGAAGAGGGUUUCAAGUGAAAAAAUGAGGGGCUUGGCAAGGCAACARACCUGUGCUGAUUUCCCAACUUGUAGUAGAGUUUCUACUUGUAGUAGAGUUUUUAAUAGGAUGGUAAUGCCAGAGCCUUUCAGUCCACAAACUAUAAGUGCAUAGUGCCUAUAUAUUUUUUUAAUGAUCUUCUUGGAGGCAGUACUACCUUACUGUGUAAGCCCUCCUCUGAGUGCAUGAUGAUAUUUCARCUAAGACAAGUGUUUUACCUCAAUGUUUUUAAUGACAUUUCCUUUUUAAAAUGCUUGCAUUAAAGCAGGUGCUGUUUUGCUGCUUCUCUGGAACUAAUUCUAGUGCUCUUGUACUUGAUGGUAUAUUGUGAAAACCACCAAGAAUGAGACUUGUGCCAAUAAACUCCAUAAGCAGAGUUUCAUCUGGUUUUGAAGUGUUUUCAWAAAUGAAGAUAUCUGUCAGUUGAGAGAUGACAGAGAAGAGGUCUGCCUGGAUGCUGUAUUGAUGCUGGGGCUGCCUCACUUGCAGAUCACUUGAACUUAAUUCAACAUUAACAGGAGCCAAAUAAGUGAUGAUAUUUUUAGGAGUAAUGGUGAUAUGGAUCUUAGUGUGCCAUCUGUUCUGUACCGGUAGAUCUCAAAGUCUAGCCCRGUUUUCAGGGUGCCUAAUUUUUCAGAGUUGUAUUCUGACUUUUCCCCCUGGGGUUUUAAUGUGAAUUUCUCUGCAUUUUAGGCUGCAGUCCAGACAUCAUUUCUCUAACGGCCUCGCACCUGGGAAACAAAUGGACCUGUGUUUCCCUCUGGUUUAGCAGGGCUAGUUGACUUUCCCUCCUUCUUGCUUUCUGAAAMCAUUGUUUAAAUAUCUUUCUUGAAGGACUGAAUAUCUUCAAGCAGUUAACAUGCUGCUCAUAAUACAAGGAGGAAUUAAAGACCCUCUGAAAUUGCYUGUGUGGCUCUUGCCCGACCAUACUGUAUUUGCCCUGGUGUAGAGGAGAGGA